AUGGUUGCGUGGACAUUUCUUUGCCUCGUCCUCAUUACUGUUAGUGCUGUCGUUGGCGACCCAGUAUCGCUAUUGAACCUGGUAAAUGAUGAAAGAGCCAAAGCUGGUGUAGAAUCACUUGUCUUGGACGCACGUCUUAUCAAGGCCGCGCAAGCUCAUGCAGACUACCAAGCAAGUAUAUCCGCAAUGACGCACGACGACCCUAUUGGAAACCUUGGCAAUCGAAUAAAACGUCUGGGGUAUACCUACAGUAGCGUUGGAGAGAAUAUUGCUUUUGGAUUCACAACUGAAGCUUCAGUUAUGAAAGCCUGGAUGGACUCUCCGCGGCAUCGUGCAAACAUUCUUAACCCCAACUUCAAUAACUUUGGCUCUGGUUUCAAUAACAACUUCUGGACGCAAAAUUUUGGCACUCUCCUCUACGGUGAUGAUCAUGUUAUUCCACCUUCUUCCAAUUCAUUGGUGUCAGAAUCAAAUGGCUCAACACCUGACGCUAAGCGAAAGAGAGGGGCAUCAAAGAGAAUGAACGUGAGGAGGAAGAAUGCGGAGAGGAAGAGAAGACUGUGA